AUGUCGCAACCCAUGAACUUCUCCCUCCCAGAUGAUUUGAAGCAAUUUCUCGCCGACCUCGACAAAUUCAUCGAUGAGAAAAUCACCCCCCUCCAGAUGCAAAAUGACAACAACCGCUUCUUCGACCACCGCCGCGAACACGCCCGCACAGACUGGGACAAUGGCGGCCUGCCGCGCAAAGAGUGGGAAGAUUUACUGAGUGAAGCGCGCAGACUGGCUGAUGAAGCUGGUUUCUACCGACUCUCUCUGCCCAGGCAAUAUGGCGGGCAAAACGGGGCCGAGGAUGGACGUGGCAGCAACCUCUGGAUGGCGGUCAUACGCGAGCAUUUAGCGGCGAAAGGCCUGGGUCUGUUCAACGACUUGCAGACGGAGCAUUCGGUCGUCGGUAACUUCCCGGAUCUGGUCAUGCUGAUGAAUUUUGGGGGUGAGCAGCAGAAGCGUGAGUUUAUUCCCGCGCGGUUGGAGGGCGAGUUCAGGAUGACGUUUGGGUUGACGGAGCCGGGGCAUGGGUCCGAUGCGACGCAUAUGGAGACCAAGGGGUUUUUGGAGGUUAGGAAUGGGGUGAGAGGUUGGCUGUUGAAUGGGUAUAAGAAGUGGCAGACUGGUAUGCAUCAUGCGACGCACUGUUCUAUUUUCGCCAGGACAUCUGGCAACGACGGUGAGGUAAAGGGAAUUUCCUGCUUCAUCGUCCCGAUUGAUACUCCCGGACUCAAAGCCGAGUCCUUCGAAUGGACCCUCAAUAUGCCCACCGACCACGCCACCGUCUCCCUAACCAAUGUCUGGAUCCCCGAAACCUCCGCCCUCGGCCCCCUCCACAACGGCCUCGCCGUCGCCCAAGCCUUUGUUCACGAAAACCGCAUCCGCCAAGCAGCCUCCUCCCUCGGCGCCGCCCUCUACUGCAUCCAAGAAUCUGUCGCCUACGCAAACUCCCGCGCCCCCUUUGGCACCCCCUUAUCCCACAACCAAGGCAUCCAAUUCCCCCUCGUCGAACUCGCCACCCAGUGCGAAAUGCUGCGCCAACUCGUCCGCAAAACCGCCCUGGAAAUGGACGCCAUGCCGCACGCUGAUAUUGAGCGCCGUCUCGGUGACAAGGUCAGCAUGUGCAAUUACUACGCAAAUCGUCUGUGUACCCAGGCCGCCGAUCAGGCUAUUCAGGUCCAUGGUGGGAAUGGGUAUAGUCGCCAUUGGCCGUUUGAACAUAUUUGGCGUCAUCAUCGUAGGUAUCGGAUUACGGAGGGCAGUGAGGAGAUUCAGAUGAGGAAGGUGGCGGCGUAUUUGUUUGGAUUUGGGGGUAGGAGGAGUCUGGGGGAUGCCAGGGAGGGGCGGGCGAAGCUGUAG